CAAGCGUAACGGCAAGUCCAAUACUUCUCCUUAGUUGUCGCUUGCUUGCCGCAUGUGAUGAGAAACUUCGCCUUGGUGGUGCUUGGGCUGACCUGCAUGUUGGCGGGUUUGAAAGAGAACGCCUUCGUGGCGGUCCGCGGACCAGUGCGCAGCGUAAAUAGUGGGCAUCCUGAACAAGGUGCGGCACGCCAAGCGCAUUUUCUGCAAGGAGGUUCUCUGCCUGCUUCCGUGGCGCUGUCGCUCUGUGCCUUUCGAGCUGUCACAAGGAGCAAGCGCAGGACUUGCACUUCCCGCGGCGCGGGGUUUGGGGGCAAAGGCUUGUCCGGGAAGUGGGGAUGCUUCGAAACGGAGGGGGACAUUGACGCGUACUGGAAGGAACGCGCGGUGCGUUGUCUUGCCCGAAACGAGGCCACGGGCUUGCCCUGGCUGGCGCGGAAGGGGCUGCAGCUGAUGGACUGGGGGGCCGGCAAGAACACCAACAUCCGGGAGUUCGCGCAGGAGGGCGACCAGAUCACCAUGCAGUACUCCUUCGAGGGGCCAGGGCUUGGGGGUCUGGGCUUCACCGAGACCUACACGGUGGGGAGCGGUGUGCAGGAGAUCACCCGCAUGGGCGGCGCCAAGAUCAUGGUGGAGCCGGUCUGGGAGUCCGAGUCCGUUCUGCGGGUCACCAACAUGAACCCGGCCAAGCAGACCAAGGGCUGGGCCAAGACCCUGAUCACAGGUGGGUCAGAUGAAGAAGCUGAGCAGAUGGUGAAUGAGGAGGACGCUGCAAAGGGCACCGGCGAAGUGAUUGAUGUUCACAGAUUCUUCAUCGAGGACGACAAAUUGGUUCUGGAAGCCGAUUCCUCGCCGUCAGAGGGGCCAGUUGUCAAAUGGCUGUUAAAGAAGCUUGACUGAGCUGUGUGCAGACGUUGUUUUAGAAGGCUUUAGAAGCCGUGCUAUCUCGCAAUGUUUUUUGUAAAUGCGGCGAGACAGGCAGAACGCCCAGUCCAGCUUUCUGGCACCGGAUUGUGCGCGGAGA